UGGACGGCCAUCAGGACUCGAGACGCGGCAGCCAAUUCCGCAUUCUACUAUGGCGUCACCUCGACCCGGAUUUUUUGUCGCCCAACUUGCCCCGCCCGCGUCGCAAGAAGAGACAACAUUGUCUUCUUCGACGACAUUCCCGCAGCGAAAAGGGCCGGCUACCGUUCUUGCAAGCGAUGUGAGCCCAGCAACAACUUAUGGCGUCGCGACAUGAAAAGUAGAGCCGACUUCGAAGCGGCAAAGAAUCUGAUUGAACAGUCAAGGGAGCGAGACGAGGACUGGACCGUCUCAAGUGUUGCUGGAAAGGUCGGAGUCAGUAUCGGGCAUCUUCACAGACUGUUCAAGAAGUAUGCAAACACAACGCCCAAAGAUUAU